CGGAGACGCGCUGCAGAGACAUUCUGAAUCAGUGACACAACAUGCAUUUGAUGCAGUGGCAAUGCCACGAGCAUAACGCGGUUGCACAUUUAACAAAACGAUGAGCCGGGUGGCAUUUCUCCACGCCAAAGUUGUCUCUCAUCCCCGGCGGUGGACGCUGAACGGCUGCUGGACGCCCGCGCUUCUAUUGGCUGCGCGCUGCGUCGCUCAGAGGAACGACGACUUUUUCCUUUUUUUUUCUUUUACUGCUAUAAGCAGCUGAUGCUGAGGCAAUGAACACGGAGCUUCUGGAGAACUGUUGACGGUACACGGAGACCCCGUCAUAGGCGCUAUGCCUGCGGAUUCGGUCUCGUCUCCUUCCAGGGAUUGAGUGAGUAGGACAUUUGAUCGUGUCACGACGCAUAGGCCCGUGGCUCUUUUUUUUUUUCGUUUCUUUUUUUAACCCUCUCUCUGUCACGCCACAUGAUCUUUCUUCGUCUUCCCACAUCAUCAUUUUCAUGGGCAUGAUUGUGUGUGCUGCACGGAUCCAGCAUUCUCCCCUCUCGCAGGCGACAUCCCACCCGCAGGUAUCCGGCCGCGUGGAGGUUCGUUUGCCGCAAGAAAUGGAAUAAAGGGGGCUCGGAAACAACUGAACCUACUUGAGUUCAGAUCCAUAAAAAGAAAAAAGAAAAGAAAACCGGCAUAGAAAGCACGCAGGGCUGGAGGAGAGCCGUGGAGCGAGUUAAAAGCAGAAGAGGUUGUGAAGAUGGAGAGCGGUCAGACGACGUCCCUUCUGGAAUUUACAGUCCGGUCCGUCGGCCGCCGGUCGAAGCCCGAGUCUCCUCGCUAAAGCCCCGAGCAGCUCAUUUCACCCGCUGGAGGAGGCCCCCGCCCUCGGUGAUGUGAUGAAUAAGUUUGAAGUCCUUGGCAUUGUGGGAGAAGGAGCGUAUGGAGUGGUGCUUAAGUGCAGGCACAAGGAAACCAACGAGCUGGUGGCCAUUAAGAAGUUCAAAGACAGCGAAGAAAAUGAGGAGGUCAAGGAGACGACGCUUCGGGAGCUGAAGAUGCUUCGGACGCUGAAGCAGGACAACAUCGUGGAGCUGAAGGAGGCUUUUCGCAGGAGGGGGAAACUCUACCUCGUCUUCGAAUACGUCGAAAGGAACAUGCUGGAGCUGUUGGAGGAACUGCCCAACGGCGCGCCGCCUGACAAAGUCCGCAGCUACAUCUACCAGCUCAUCAAAGCUAUCAACUGGUGUCACACGAAUGAGAUCGUACACAGAGACAUCAAGCCAGAGAACCUCCUCAUCAGCUCCGAGGACGUCCUCAAACUCUGUGACUUUGGUUUCGCUCGCAACCUGUCUGAGGGAACAGACGCCAAUUACACUGAGUAUGUGGCUACAAGGUGGUACCGCUCGCCCGAGCUGCUGCUGGGGGCGCCCUACGGAAAGGCGGUGGACAUGUGGUCGGUGGGGUGCAUCCUCGGGGAGCUGAGCGACGGACAGCCCUUGUUUCCAGGGGAGAGUGAGAUAGAUCAGCUCUUCACCAUCCAGAAGGUUCUGGGGCCACUUCCUGCAGAGCAGAUGAAACUCUUCUACAACAACCCUCGCUUUCAUGGAAUCAGGUUUCCCUCAGUUGCUCAUCCUCAGACUUUGGAGAGAAGGUACCAAGCCAUCCUGAGUAGUUUGAUGCUGGAUCUGAUGAAGAGCCUGCUGCUGCUGAACCAGACCGAGCGUUUUCUGACGGAGCAGAGUUUGAACCAUCCGGCCUUCCAGCCUCUGAGGCAGGCAGAGAGGCCUCCUCCUUCGUCUCCCAACCCACCGCGCUCCUCCAAGAGGAAAACGCACCAUCAUGGAGAGAACACCGUCCCCACGAGGAGUCACACAAAGAGCACGAGCCGUCGCUCCAACAGCAAAGAAUGUUCCAGCCUCCCUCGCCAUGGCGAUCUCCAUCACCUCGGCAACAAGAGUUUCCUCAACGGUAACAAACCGGCUCCACCCACCUUAAGUCCUACGCUCCACCCUAAGGCCCAGUAUAUGUCCCAGACCCUCAAUCGUUCUGCCUCAUCCAACAAAGACCUGGUGAACAACAACCUGCCACACCUCCUCAGCCCCAAAGAACCCAAAGGCAAGACAGAGUUUGAUUUCAACUUGGGACCAUCCGCGAAGCUGGCGGACCAGGGACACGUGUCCAAGUACGGCCACAGCAAACCCAGCUCUACUCGCUCCCAGCAACAGCAGCAGCAGCUGCAGCAACAACAGCAGCAACAACAGCAGUUGCAGCAGCAACAGCUGCAACAACAGCAGCAGCAGCAACAGCUGCAGCAGCAACAGCAGGCCGGCCGCCACACCUUCUUGGAAGGCAAGACUAACACUCUGCAGUCUGCAGCAGAUAAGCAACAUGGCCGACACAGCCACAGCAUGGCCGACUCUGCCCACGGAUCCAUGUCCUCCUCCUCGAAGAGUUCAGCCUCUUACCUCAGCCUGUCCAAGAGCCACAGCGCGCUGAGCGAUGCCAAAUCCGUGGGCAACCUCAGCGACGGCCGACUGCACCCAGAGGACCCCAACUCCAACGCCACAGCGGGGAUGGGCCCCGGGGCCCGCUUCUUCCCUGCCAGCUGUUUAGACCUCAACACCCCAUCAGUUCCCCAGGGGCCGCCCGGCAGCCCCUCCGCUCGCCACAGCGAUCGGUCGGGCCACAGCCCCGCCUCUCGUAGCAGUGGAAAUGUGCGCAUGGAGAGCAGCACGCUGGACUCCUCGUCCAGACAUAAAUCCAGACAUAAACCACUGGCCUCAGAGGAGGCCGGUGCUCCGGAGCUCUUGGAUCCGGGAGGCGCGGGGAUGCCCUCCACUCACACUCUGCCUUCCCCACACGAGUCGUACCACUACGGCCUGGGCUACACCUCCCCCUUCUCCUCCCAGCAACGGCCUCAGCGCCACUCCAUGUACGUGAGGAGGGAGCGCCACCGGCCGCACGGGAACGAGGCCGCGAUGGCCGGCUUGCCUCCCCCCGGGCAGGCGAUACCGACGCGCGCCAGCAGCCUGCAGAUGCUCUCCCCCCAACUGCAGCACCGGACCACCCUCACCGGACACUCAGUGAGCUCUUCCAGAGAGGACUGCACGGACACCAUGACCAGGAGUGAGCAGUCCCCUAAAGACAUGAGCCACCCUUGUGCCCCCAUCAAAGACUCUACGAGGGACAACAGUGCCGCUUUUCAUACACAACGCUCUAAAAACGAGGUCAGCAUGUAUCACGACCCUCAUAUGGAGGAUGGAGGAUCCUCCAAGGAGAACCGGAUGAUCUUCACUGAGUCCAUGCCUCGGAGAGUCGGCAGCUUCUACCGAGUCCCCUCCCCGAGACCAGACAACUCCUCCUCUUUCCAUGACGGCGUCGGGCAGGGUCGGGGGCCCGUCGUGCCCGUCGUGCCCGGGGACCCCGUUGCCAUGGUCAACCACUCCAAACGCCAGACGGCUUUUGACUGGUCUGCCGCAGAAAAAAUGGUCAUGAAUCCUCCAGAGCCCCCCAAAGAGAAAGAGAAACAAGGCUUCUUCAGAGCCAUUAAAAAGAAAAAGAAGAAGACACAAAUAACGGACGUGGAGGACGGGAGGAACCCCGGCAUCAGGAAAAGCCUUUUCCCGCGCUUCGGCUCUAAGAACAGCUUGAAGCUCAACUCAGCUGUGAAAGUCCUACCUGUGGUCGCCUCGCCGAUGGCUCAACACCAGCCCACCGCGCCCUACCCGGCCUCGCCGGUUUCCGGUAACGGACAAGAGCACCUGUCCCUGCAGAGGAGCUCCAAGUCGUCCUCCCACCACGGCAGCCGGCGGAAAAACCGCGAGCGAUCCCGAGACCGAGACCGGGAGCGAGAGCAGAGCCGGGACCGGGAGAGAGAGAGAGAGAGGGAGAGAGAGCGGGAGAGAGAGCGAGAGCGGGAGAGGGAGAGAGAGAGGGAACGAGGGAGGGAGAGGGAGAGACUAAAUGACUGGCCACAAGACAAACCGGUGGACUCGCACUCUCAGAGUCAACCCCUCAAGUCCCUCCGCAGGCUCCUGCACCUCUCCCCCUCCUCCUCAAAUCAAGGACAGCCUCCUCCUCCUCCUCCUCCAGACAUGCGCUUCCAAGCCCCCCUCCCCAACCCGCCGCAGCCCCCCUCCAAAGCCGGCUACUCCGAGGGUCGAGGGCACGCCGAGAGCAGGGGCCACGCGGGGGUGAGCAGCUCCGCCCAGGCCAAGAGCCGCAAGGCCAGCUACCCCCUCCCCGGACAGAUCGAGUCCAGCUGGCACGUGUCCGCCCUGCAGCGGGCCGAGGGCGCCCAGUUCACCCCCGAACAGCUGGGCAUCAAACCGGGGCAGAACGGACCCACCUUCACCCGGGCUUCCCGCAGCAGGAUGCCGAACCUCAACGACCUGAAGGAGACGGCGCUGUGAGCCCCCCCCCCCCCCCCACCUCCCCCCGCCGCCCCGUUCACUCUGCUCCCAAACUAGGGCCUCCUCCGACACGUCUCCGUCCUGGAAGCGUCUGCCAGACGCAGGCGUCCCGCUGCCGUGGUAAAAGUUUACACGAAAGCCUAUCGGACUGGAUCGAACCGCCCGUCUUGUUGUGAUGCUCGUGAAGACCAGUAACAGUUUUGUUGGACAGGACGGGGCCUCAUCCCGUCCCGGGACGGCAGCGCCGUAUCAGUUGUAUGUUAUUCUCUCUCUCUCUCUCUCUCUCUCUCCUUAACAAGGGUUAGGACGUUAAAAUAAGCUGAUCUUUCCUGUCAGAGGAGACUCGGCACACGCGGCCUCUUUGCUGCCAUCUUCUGCUCACAGGACACAACAGGACGCGACAGACAGCCGCUGUCACAGUGGACAAUGAACAAAGGUUUUUUUCAAGCUCUGAUAUUUGAUAAGAAGAAAAAAAGAAGAAAAAAAAGGUUUAUAUCAACAUAGUUUAUUAAAUAUUUAUUUGUUUUAAAUUCAAGGAUAUAAGCUAUAAAUGACACAGUAUGUAGGCUAUAUGGGAAUAUUAUACGGUAAUAGAAUUCAAUGUGUAAUUGCAAGAGCUUUAGUUUCGACACAAAGAAAUGCAUAGAUAUUUAUGUGUUGAUAAUACAGUGUCAAAAGGAAUAUUUAUUAAUGGUGAAUGUCCUUCUUUUUGUUAAAUUUGAUAUGUGAUUAACAGAUUUUCACCUGUUAAUUUUCCCCUUUUUUCUGUAUGUUUCAUCAGAAUGUAAAGAAAUAUUGAAAAAUACUGCCCACGGUGGAGAAAAAGCCUCGGACAUUACUCACAAAUCUGCGGUCGCUCCAAUAACAUUCGCUUUGAAGUUUAGUGACACGUCGGACUAUUUUUCAGCCGGCGGUUCACUUCAUUUCCCACUUUAAGCCCCAGCUCUCGUCUAUCGUCUCUCGGUACUCAAAAACAACAUGGAAGUGUGCAAGAUAGUACGAGAGCAUUCAGCAAAAAAAGCCAUUACCUCACCUGCAACCUUUAAGGUCCCAAAUGACAAGUCUGGUGGAAUUUUGCAUUUUUCUUUUUGUGGACAAAUGUAAAGACAAAAACAAACACCGAUUGGUAGAUCGCUUAUAGCGUCGAACCGUUGUGUGGAUAAGACUAACUUUCCAGGGUUGUAAAACCCCGUCUCAGAGUAUUAUAAACUAUCGUAGAGUGUUUUGGCAUCUAAUAAGCACCUAAACACGCUGAGCCCUGAGUACUCGAACUGGGCUUCCUGCUUCCUAUUCCCACUCUGACUGGCACAGGAUGCCGCCACUAACGCGGCUACUCUCAAGCUCCUGUUGUUGCUUUAGUGUUUUUUCAUGGGAUUUGUUCACAAUAAUAAAGGUGUGGAAUAACACCAGACUUAUUCUUUGAUGUGUGUGUUUACAUUUUUCAGUUUGCAUUUUAAAAUUUUGCGUUUUAGUAGAUGCUUUUUCUACAUCUGAUACCGGUUUUCCUACUAUUGGUAUUUACAUUACAGCUUGUUUUUAAUAUUACUAGUCAUGAUCACGGAUGACGUUACUCAGCUGGGUUAUUCAUAAAGUAUUUACUUGUCUUACUGACCUGUGAAGGAUGAAAAAAAUAUACUGAACUAAACACUCUCAGUGCUUUAGGCAAAAAACAAUGCAUUGUUUUCCUUCCAGUCUCAUGUUCAUCGUUUGUUCCCUCCUCUUCCUCUGUGGUGAAGAGGUGAAGAAAAAACGUUAAUCUGUACCACAGAAGGAGGGAACGGGAAAGAAGGACGGAGCGAUGUGUGCAGAAUUUGAGUCAUCUGUGGACUAAAGAACAAACUUUUGAGAAUUUUGAUUUGUUUCUUAAACCUUUGAAUGGAUGAAAAUAAGCAAAAAAGGAAAGAGGACAACAAAACAGGAACAAACCAAUUGAUUAGAUGUCUGAUUGAAAUCAAUAACAUUCAGACAGAGGCUCAGUCUGAUGCUGAUUGAACAUAGUGCCAAGAAGGAUUUCCACCAGGAGGCUGAUUAGUAUUUUCCACAUGGAACAUCACCUCCACAGCGCUCUGCAAUACGUCUUUUUUAAAUCUCCAAAUGUCCUUGAACAUGCCCUGCGUUGUGUAUUACUGAAAAUCCUGAUUGCUAAUGAUUGUAAAUGACUGCUGACGUGGGUUUGCUAUUUCAUUAAUGGGACAGAGUAAUGAUAAAGCCUUAUGUCAGCUUACUGACUCAACACUUCAGAAGGAAACGGAGGCUUCAAGUUAAAUACGCUGACAACUGAGAUGAGAAGAAUCGUUUCUCCUCACUAAUAUGAAUGUGCCCCCCCUUCAUUAAGCUGUUUCCCACUUCUUACAGGGUGUAAAUAGAAAUAAUAGCGUAUCUAUACUGACCGUUCUACUUGAGAAAUGAUAGAGUCUCAUAAUAAAAGCCAACUGUACAUUU